AUGUCUAUCUCUGUGAAACUAGUGGCUGCUGAGUCAUUGAACAGGAGGGAUGUGUUUAGAUCUCCUGAUCCGUUUGCAGUUUUGACUAUCGAUGGUUCUCAGACGAAAUCCACAGCGGCUGCAAAGAAGACGUUGAAUCCCUACUGGAAUGAAGUAUUUCAAUUCAAAAAUGUGAGUGAAAAUUCGAUCUUAACUGUUCAAGUGUUUGAUCAGAAAAAGUUCAAGAAGAAAGAUCAAGGGUUCCUAGGUGUUGUCAACGUUCGUAUUGGUGACAUUCUGGGUCACUUGGACGAAGAUACUGCCACUUCGAACGGUAGAGCUCGUGAAGAGACUAUUACUAGAGAUUUAAAACGUUCUAACGACGGGUUGUCAGUAAGUGGUAGAAUAAUAUUGGUUUUGACGGUUCUCCCCAGAGCUGGCAGCCGUAAUGGAGCUGCUGGUGCCGCAGGUAGUGCUGUUGCUGGUUCCGGAGCAGCUCGUCAAUCGGAUUCGAUGACGAACGCUUCCACUAUCGACAACAGAUUGAUUGCUCAGACUGUUGCUAACAACUUGCAAACUACUACAUUAGACAACCAGGAUUCUGCGAAUGCUGCAGGUACCGCCAGUUCAGGUUCAGGUGCCGGUUCAAGUGAUGCUGCUCCAUCCGGUCAACCUUCGACAGCUCAAUCUCAAUCGUCAGCUAGCAGGCAAUACUCAUCGUUUGAAGAUCAAUAUGGUCGUUUACCCCCAGGAUGGGAAAGAAGAACGGAUAACUUUGGAAGAACAUAUUAUGUGGAUCAUAAUACAAGGACAACAACAUGGAAAAGACCCACUUUGGAUCAAUCCGAGGUUCAACGUGUCAACACCGAACUAGAACGUAGACAACACAGAGGAAGAACUUUACCUGAUGGUGGUGCUCAAUCAGAGGGCUCGUCUUCAUCAAACGUUGCUGUUCAUACCGGUACUGGAUCUCAAACUCCUGCCGUAAACGGUUCAGCAGCUGCUACUUUUGCUGCCACUGGGGGUACCACAUCGGGGUUGGGUGAACUUCCACCAGGUUGGGAACAACGGUUCACUCCUGAAGGAAGAGCGUACUUCGUUGAUCACAACACAAGAACCACGACAUGGGUCGAUCCAAGAAGACAACAAUAUAUUAGAACCUAUGGGCCUUCCACAAAUACCAUACAACAACAACCUGUAUCUCAGUUAGGACCUUUGCCUUCUGGUUGGGAGAUGAGAUUGACAAACACAGCCCGUGUAUACUUCGUUGACCAUAACACUAAGACCACCACUUGGGAUGAUCCUAGAUUACCUUCUUCCUUGGAUCAAAACGUUCCACAGUAUAAGCGUGACUUCAGACGUAAGGUUAUUUACUUCAGAUCCCAACCGGCUUUAAGAAUUCUACCAGGUCAAUGUCACAUCAGAGUACGCAGAAAGAAUAUCUUCGAAGAUUCUUACCAAGAAAUAAUGAGACAAACGCCAGAAGACUUAAAGAAGAGACUAAUGAUCAAAUUUGACGGUGAAGAAGGUUUAGAUUAUGGUGGUGUUUCAAGAGAAUUCUUCUUUUUACUAUCACACGAGAUGUUUAAUCCCUUCUACUGUCUAUUUGAAUAUUCUGCCCAUGAUAACUAUACUAUCCAAAUCAAUCCAAACAGUGGUAUCAACCCUGAGCAUUUGAACUACUUCAAGUUCAUUGGUAGAGUCGUCGGUUUAGGUGUAUUCCAUAGAAGGUUCUUGGAUGCAUUCUUCGUUGGUGCUCUAUAUAAGAUGAUGCUAAGAAAGAAGGUAGUAUUACAAGAUAUGGAAGGUGUCGAUUCAGAAGUCUACAACUCCUUGAAAUGGAUUUUAGAAAAUAGCAUAGAUGGCAUUUUAGAUCUAACAUUUAAUGUUGAUGAUGAAAGAUUUGGUGAACUGGUUGUCGUCGAUUUGAAACCAAACGGCAGAGAAAUCGAAGUCACAGAUGAAAACAAGAAAGAAUAUGUUGAACUAUAUACCCAAUGGAGGAUCGCAGACAGAGUUCAAGAACAAUUUAAGGCAUUUAUGGAUGGAUUUAACGAAUUGGUUCCUGAAGAUCUAGUCAACGUGUUUGAUGAACGUGAACUUGAAUUAUUGAUUGGUGGUAUUGCAGAAAUUGAUGUUGAAGACUGGAAAAAACACACAGAUUAUCGUGGAUACCAAGAGUCUGACGAAGUUAUCCAGUGGUUCUGGAAAUGUAUCACUGAAUGGGACAACGAGCAAAGAGCACGUUUGUUACAAUUCACAACUGGUACAUCGCGUAUCCCGGUCAAUGGAUUCAAAGAUUUGCAAGGUUCUGAUGGUCCAAGAAGAUUCACUAUCGAAAAAGCAGGUGAAGUUCAACAACUACCCAAGUCACACACUUGUUUCAACAGAGUGGAUCUUCCACCAUACACUGAUUAUGAAUCUUUCAAGCAGAAGCUAACAUUAGCAGUGGAAGAAACCAUCGGAUUUGGACAAGAGUAG